AUGGCCCCCAAACACUGCUGCCACACUGGAGAUCACUGCGUCAGCCGCUGCCCACACGGGAUCAUUUGCCCCAGCACUGCUCCCACACAAGGAGUCACUGCCCGCGCUGCUGCCCGAGAUCACUGCGCCAACGCUGUGCCCCCAAACGGAGAUCACUGGCCAGCAUUUUGCCACACACAGUUCACUGCGCCAGACUGCUGCCACACACGAUCACUCCCACCAGAAAGUGUACCCCAAGAUCCUGCGCCAGCGCUGCUGCCACACACGGAGAUCACUGCGCCAGCACUGCUGCCACACAAGUUCACUGGGGGGCCAGCAUGUGCACAACGGAGAACUGCGCCAGCACUGCCACACACAGAGAUAUGCGCCAGCACUGCUGCCACCACAGAUCAUGCCCCAGACUGCUGCUGUGGGGCGUGUGAAAUGUUUGAAAAAAUUUUUUGUUCAGGUAUUGAUGGAGAAGGUGGUGUAUGCAUUAUCCGGCGCAACGGCUGUGAGCGCAUGCGUUGCUGCAUGGGCCGUAAGAGGCAGUGGACUACCAGCGGGCGGCUGGCUGACUUCUGUGGGGGGCAUGUGAACGAUGGCAGGUGCAAGGACCGCGUGCUGGAUGUGGGUUGCGGCCCUGGUGGCUUGUCGUUCCAUCUCAGCCGCCACUUCCGCCAAGAUGGCACCGACAUCAGCUAUGAGAUGAUCACUGCGGCACAGACGCUCAAGCAAUUUGGCGAGUUUGCUGUGUCGUUCCCCAGUGAGGGUGGCAACCACGUGUCGUUCCACAGCAUUAGGGUCCCGGAUGACUCAUCCAGGGAACGAGUGGAGUUCUGGGAUGAGGACGCCUGUGCUCUGGCAUACACCUGCGGCACCUUUGAUUGUGUUGUUGCCUCAAAUGUCCUCACUGUCAUGUAUGACCCUAAGUCGUUCCUGCAGGAUAUUCACCGCUAUGUGACUAAUGGAGGACUGCUGGUGGUCGGUGAUGCAUAUGACUGGAAAAGCGGUCCAGAGGUGCUGCUCGGAGGCUGGGGGGAGAUGAUGACUCCGACGCUAUUGAGGAACAUUUUGGAAUCAUCAUGGUCAUUGGUGGAGGAAACAAGCAUGGCAUAUUAUGUUCCAAGGUGUCGGAGGCUCGCCAUAAUCGGCAAUGCUCACUUCACCAUCUGGAAGAAGAAGCAAGAUGAUGACUCCCAAGACUGAACAAUCAAGCACUCUGACUGCCUCUAGCAAGCUGUAGAUACAAGGACCUAGAGCUGUUCUCUAUUCCCAUCCCCAGGCUCUCAUUGACCCCUAUGGAUUUAACUCUCUUCCCCAAUAAAUUCCACAGAAAUUAUAAUGACAUGAAUUGCCAUACCUUAACCUUUUCUGUGUUGGUCCCAUUUUAUCACAGCUUUGAAGUCAAUGUUGGUCCCAUAAUAUGACGUCAUGAGCUCAUCUCACUCAGAUAUGCUGUGAGCAGUAAAUUUAGGCCUAGA